AUGUGGUCUGAGACACGGAAGAGUCAUCCGGUUGCUUGCCUUACUUGGAUCAAGUCCCAAAUAAGUGAGAAUCCAUCAAGAGUUUUCGCCUCUUGGAAUGAUUCUGUUUGUUUCUGUCAGUGGGUUGGAGUAAAAUGUGAUCUGAGACACGAAAGAGUCAUCCAGUUGAAUCUCGAAGGGAUAAGGCUGGCAGGGGAAAUUCCAGUUAAUCUAUCACAUUGUGUUAACCUCCAGAACCUUGUCCUGGACCACGACACUCUUGUGGAACAGAUUCCUUACCAAGUUGAAUCUUUAAAGAAAUCAUCAAAACACCUAGAAUAUAACAGACUCAUUGUUGAUGAAGAUCUCACAGCUCAGUUUAGCUAUGCAUCUCCAGAAAUUGGCAUGGGUAGUAAGGUCUCCAUUAAAGGAGAUAUGUAUAGUUUUGGGAUUCUCGUAUUGGAGAUAUUCACUAGAAGAAGACCCACAGACGACACUUUGUUCCAAGCAAGCUCUAGCCUCCACGACUUAGUUGAAACAGCAUUGCCAGAGAAGUUAUGGAGAUUCUAG